GGCCUCCUCGCCUUCCCUCGCUUUCGUUCAAUACAAAGGUAAUUGUUAGUUGGCGAUAGUCAAAGUGACAAAGAAGGCUUAGGCUACCGCGCACCAGGAGCUUUAGAUGGGGCGGUCAUGCAUACGUCAUUAUCAAAGCGUCGAUUUGGCGUCCACAUCUGCAUCUUUGGUUGCAUUCUAGACACCGCUCGAGGGAGGGGUCGUUGUUUUCUAAGCAGAAUCCACUUCUAGUGGAAUCUGUGAAUGUUAGUAAUGGAGCACUUCCCACAUGCUCUCCACGGUCCUCCGCCUGCAUUAGAUUUAAACCCGUCGGUGUUUACAACAUUGGAUGAAUAUAUAUGUGCACAGUCCUUUGGUCAAUUCAACCUCAAGGCAUCUCAAGCAUACAAACCUACCUAGAUAUCUCGUCUCUUAUCUGCCCUCAAACACCUAUCUCGAACGUGGUCGAUCAUCAUGUCUGGGCUUACCGCUCUUCCCAAGGGCUCUCUUAUCCUUGUCACUGGAGCAAAUGGAUACAUCGGAUCUCACACGAUCAAUGUCCUCCUUGGGCUCGGUUACCGAGUGCGCGGCACAGUUCGAUCAGAGAAGCCGUGGCUCAGCGAGUUCUUCCACAACAAGUAUGACAAGGAUGCCUUUGAACUAGUCCUUGUUCCCAACCUCGAGGAUGAGGAGGCUCUCGGCAAGGCCAUGGCUGGUGUUGACGGUGUAGCACACGUGGCAUCCGAUAUCUCAAUGAGUGACGACCCCAAGGCCGUCAUUCCCUGGGUUGUCGAGGCGACUGAGACUGCCCUCUCCGCCGCGGCAAAGCACUCGAGCAUCAAGCGUUUCGUUCUUACAUCUUCGGCUUUUGCCGCCGUCCUUCCCCAGCCGAACAAGGAGAUGCACAUUGACGAAAGUACCUGGAACGACUUUGCCAUCAAGGCAGCGUGGGACCCGAACACGCCCAAGGAGAUGAAGCCUGGCGCGAUUUACUCUGCCUCCAAAGCUGAGGGCGAGAGAGCUGCGUGGAAGUGGAUUGAAGAGAACAAGCCCGGAUACUCAUUCAAUACCAUCCUACCCAACUUUAACACCGGAGAAAUCCUCCACCCCAAUAUCGGUGGCUCAACCAUGGGAUUUGCGCGAGAUUUGCUCAAGGGACAAGGCGACAUGCUCAACUCCUUUAUGCCCCAGUGGUACGUCGACGUAGCCGAUGUCGCGCGUCUCCACGCCAUCGCCCUGCUCGCCGAGCCCGUCAAAUCCCAAAGAAUCUGGGCCUCCGCACACCCAGUCAACGCAUCCGACUUCAUCGACGUCUUCCGUGAGCUGAGACCGGAUAACAAGCUGAUUCCGGAGAAGCAGGCGAAUGAGGGACGUGAUAUCAGCGAGCUUCCUCCGGCGGCCAAGGCUGAGAAGUUGUUGCAGGAGUACUUUGGACAGGGCUGGACCCCGUUGAAGGAGAGUUUGGCUGCGGGUAUUCGUGACUUGUAGACCUGUAGACUUGUAGGACGAUGAUCAAUCGAUUCCUGCUGUAGCCUUUACUCGGGUUCAGCAGAGAGGAUUAGGGUAAAUAGAGAGAUGGAAGAUUUGGAUAAGCCGACUAGGGUUACCAUGUCUACAAGAAUCGAAUAGAUAAUUAUGAGACACAGAUAAUUUCACCUUUGCAGGAUGGGAAAAAUUCAAGUCCAAGAAUCGGGUUAGGAUACUCAAAAGUUGAACGUUUCAAGUCGAAUAGGACUCGAGGAGUGGCUUGAGUGAAUCUGCCCUACUGCCCUUGAAGUCGGAAAUUACGAAAUCUUGGAGAUUCCGAAUAAGAUAAACUAAAACCAGUAAGGUACAAUGAAAACAAAAGAUCAAAUCUGGUUAUUGAAC